GAUUACCUACUGCCUACACCGUUUAUUGUCUUAUAAUUAUUAUUCAGUAUUCACAAGUGUUGUUGUUAUUAUAUACAAUAAAUUAUAAAUAAAUUCAUUACCGCUGUUGUUUUUUUAAAGCUCUAAACUACAAAUUUGUUAUUACGUAUAAGUUUUCGGAUCAAACGUCAGUAAAAUGUAUAAAUGCCAGUAGAUAAUAUUAAGACUCCAAUUUAUCAAAAUUUGUUUUAUUUCCACCGUCAAAAAUGGGUAUAAACAUCGAAAAUAUUUUAAAUGAUAUAAAAUUUGAUCAGAAAUUAAUAAGUGUGUUUGACACAUAUAACAAAUACAUUAACUAUCGAUUCGAUUAUCUCAUCAGAACAAGCAUUACUCAAACACCCGACGAACUCAAUCAUGAUGUUGACUAUUCUGAAUAUGAUCCAAGUCAACAAAUUUUACUGGCUUGUAUAAAUAGUAAUAAUAGUUUAAAUGAUAUUGCAAAACUGCGAGAAGAAUUAAAAACGUUAACAGCAGAAGUCAAUUCAAAAAGAAAAGAAUUGAGUUUAAUUUCUAUCAAUGAAGAAGGAUUAAAAAAAAAUAUUAAACAUUUAGAAGACAUUAUAUCAAUAAAGGAAAAUUUUGUUCGCGAAACUGCUAACUAUGCAGAAAUCAGAUGUAAUGCAAAACAUAAAGUUCAAAAAGAAUAUUGUAGAAUAUUAAAAAAAUAUAAUAAAAUCUUAAAUGAGUUGGACAAGUCAAAUAAAAUGACAAAAACAAAUUCUAGUAACGGAACCAACAAACAUUCAGAUUAUGGAGAACGAGUGAAUGAAAAAGUUUUACGAUAUGAAGCUAAAAUUAAAAAAAUGGAUGACGUAAUAAAAAUUGCUAGUGAUAGUAAAGAAAAAUUACUACAAUAUCAAGCUGCUUUACAAACUUCCAAUGAUCGUUUGAAAAUAUUUUAUGACCAAUUAACUAAUAUAUUAAAAAAUAAACAAAGAAUUUCAUUAAUAUUGAUAGAAAAUGGUAAACGAAUUAAUCAAUUAAAAAUGUAUUUAUCUAAUCUGGGAGUUAUAUCAAGUAUUGAAAAAAGUAGAGUUCACACUUCUUCAAAUUUAAUUGAAAAUGACAAUUUAAAAAGAGAAUUUUUAGAAUUGCGAGAUAUGAGGACUGCAGUUUUAAGUUCAAGGCCUAAAGGGAUGUUCAAUCCAAAGUAUCAAAAGGAAGAUAGUUUAUCCAAAGAAGAUAUACGAAAAUAUUUAGAAAAUGAUGAAGCAAUUGAUACAAUAGACUUUUUAACAGAAUUGAAAAAUAAUAAAGUGUCUAAUAAUGAAACAAAUUUAUUAAAAUAUGUUCAAACGAAUUCAAAUGAAUCCAAAAUGUUCUGGAAAUGUCUAUCAACUUUAAGUAAAGAUGAAAUGAAAAAGUUGUUGGUACACUAUUUUAUAAAAGUUGUGGAUUUAAAAGAAUCUGGACGAGAAAAUGAUGAACUAAUAUCUAAACUAGAUGAAAAUAAUGAUAGGCAGAGACAUAAUAUUGCUUCAAUCAAUAACGAUUAUCAAGAAUUUCAUUUGUCAAUUGAGAAAAAAUUUACAUCAUUAAAAAAAUAUUAUCAAAGAAAAGUUGAUACAUUAUUUCAAGUUGUACAAGAGGAAAAAAAUGCUAUCACUAUGUUUAAAAUGAAACAAGAAAUCUCCUCACUCAAAAAGAAAAUAAUUGAAUUAGAAAAAUCUCAAACAGUUAAAGCUAAAGGGCCUUCAAUAAUUCAAGAACCCCAUGUCUGUUUAGAUCAUUUAGAAGCGUCAAAAUCAGAGGCAGAAACCGUGUCUUCUGCCAAAGUAACAUAUCACAAAAACAAGCUGAAGAUACAAAAAAAUAAAUCUAAAUUAACUUAGACAUAGAAAUUUAAAUACAAAAUAAGUUGUUGUUAUUCCAACUAAUAUGUGUAAAUGUAUCUAGACUUAACCUUUCUAAACUUAAUAAUAUAUAAGUCUUAAAUAUUAAUUUAUAUUUGCCUAUUUUUAUGUGCUAACAAAUUUGGGUAUGUGUUUUUUAUAGUUUCAGAUAUAAAAUGUAUUACAGAAAAUUAAAUAAUUUAACUUGCUGUUUAUUAAAUGUUUUUAUUAAUUGUGUAUUUCGAUAACUAAAUGAUAAUUGUAUCGUGUUUUCCAGUUACUAAUCAACUAUACAGGAGUCAUAAUGAAUAUUAUGAAGCACGAGUUCAGCAUGUUGCAUUGUUGCAUGUUCCAAGGCUCUUUUUAAUUUGCUUUAGCGACAUGGAAUUUACAUUAUGUUAUAAAUAUAAGAAUGAUAAAAUGUAUAGAUAACAUAACAAAAAUAGUUGAUAAUUAUAAUGAUGACAUUUAUACAUGUAAAUGGAAAAGGUUUUAUUUUAAUUAAUUAAUUCUAUUCAUACUAGAAGUAUUUACUUAAAACAGUAGUUUUCAUAAGCUCUGUUUUUGGAGCUGUAAAGAUACAAAAGAUAGUUUUGAAUGACACUAACCUUAUCACUGUUGCGUUAUGCUAAUGAGUAAGAAAACUUGCAUGAUCUAUUUUGUAUAUUCACCCCUCUUUAGUAUUCUCUAUUAUUAUUAUUAUUAUUACUAUUUACGUAUUCAUACUCUUUUGUUUUUGCUUAUUGCUAUCAUAUGUUUAUAUAUAUUUUUUAUCACUUUGUAUUUUCUUAUGCACUCAACUUCUUAUUAUUGUUAUUUUUAUUAGAGAAGGGCAGAAGAUCCAUAGAGUUUAAGUGCCUAUCAUGUAUCACAUAUCUACACUAUAGGCCAGUCAGACCCUAAGUAAAAUCUAUUAUUUACUAAAAAAAAUAAUUCUUAGUACAAGUAAUUUUGUUUUACGAAAAUAUGAUAUGUUCCGAACAUAGGGGGGAAAGGGUAUUGAGAACAAUUAUAAAUGUCAACAUAAUCACAUACACAGUAACCUCAAGGGGUAUCCAUUCUUUAAUUUUAUAUGUUUUUCUUGUACAAAAAUCUAUUUUUGUUAAUUGAUUAUUCAUGUACAUCUUUACUUUUGUGUAAUUAUGACUAUUGGUAUUUAUUUAUAUGUUGUUUUUAUUUUUCUUCAUUAUCUCUCUUCUAAUAAAAAUUAUACAUGCUUGCAGAAUAAAAUAA